AUGGCUAACGUGAACAGUAUGGUUUUUCACACUCAAAUAGCCUCCAUCAUGGAGGUGCUAGCGAAUGCAGCCGUGGCAGAGAUCUGUAAAGUCGUAGACGACGACUAUGCAGUGUUUCGUUUGGAAAUAACGCAAAGCCAGAAAGAAAACAGGGCAUUGCGGAGGAAACUACAGCUACUAGAAUUGAAGGUGUCACGGGAGCGCGCAGAGAGGACAUUGCGGGAGCGCGUCCUCGCCAUUUCCAGUAGUGUCAAGAUCCUCGACCGAUACAGAGGAAUGACAAGAGGCGAAGGACAUCUCACUGGAGGACACAGGAGCUUUGUGAAGCCAACGGGACACAAUAUAUGGAGAGAUGACCAACCAAUCACUGUUGAUGAGGGGAAUGGAACCUCAUCCCAGCACGUUAUGGUGAUGGAGUCUGCAGAUGCAGAGGCUGCAGGUCCUGGGGUCAAGCAGGAGAAGACUGAAGGAGAGGAGGAACCAUGGCACAGCCGUAACAUCCAGACUGGCGCUCCCCCUGUUGCCACGGAAGACCCCACCACUGCCACAGUGCUACCUAUGACCCGACGCAGCAUCACGGAGGUCAGUGGAACGCCAAACGCCGUCCUCAAGUCAGAGACAGACACCAAGACUUUAACGGGGCUGGGCUGUCCUGCUCCCCACUCAGAAUAUUUCCAGUACGGUAACCCGAGGACGGUUCUGUCCCAUCAGGACUCAGGUGACACGUUACAGACUGGCAAUGAUCCGUCCUGUUCAUACACAACAGAAAUGAUACCUGGUGACAUGCCUGUGGGCUUAGAUACACAGACUAAUCCAAUGAGACGGAACUGGAACCAGUACAGUAGUAGUGUAUACUCUGGACGGUGCCAAGAUAAGAAAGGGGAGGGUCUGGUCGUAGAUGAGAUGACUGUGAAAGUGGAGGGCGACGUUCCUGUGACAUGGAAUGCAGACGAGACUCACUUCGGAGAAGGACACUCGCAUGGCAGCUCCAGUGACUUCUUAGACUACAGGGAAAGCAUAGAGACAAAUUUAAAUGUCUCGACCCACUCCCCUUUACACCCAGUGUCCAUGUCGAUGGGGCCUUCCGAUUCACAAGGCUGCAUCCUUUUAGAUCAGGUAUUGAACUCAAACAACCAAACGGCCAAGGUGUGGGGAGAGGGAGCAACAACAGGCGGUAAAGAAAAGCAGUUCUUUUGCAUGUUCUGUAACAAAGGCUUCAGCUGCCCACAGAAGGUGGAGAUCCACCAGAGGGUCCACACAGGGGUGAAACCCUUCAGCUGUACCCAGUGUCAUAUGCGCUUUGCCCAUGCUGGCAACCUGAAGAGGCACCAGCGGUUCCACACAGGGGUAAAACCCUUCAAAUGUACCCAGUGUCACAUGUGCUUCACCCAGGCUGGUGACCUGAAGAGACACGAGAGGGUCCACACAGGGGAGAAACCCUACAGCUGCCCCCAGUGUGAGAAGAGGUUCUCCCGUCAGGACCAGCUGAAGAUGCACUUGAAAGUCCACACGGGAGAGAAGCCAUUUGCCUGUACACACUGUGGGAAGAGGUUCUCAGAGAGGACCUACCUCAGGAUGCACCAGCAAAAACACCAUUCAACUCUAUAACAUAGAAAGUAACCAUUCCACUCGAUAGCUUCUGACAUUAAGAUCAAAACCUGCAUUAAAGACUAAGAUGAAUGGUCAUUGUUGUCAGCAGAAAAGAUCCACAGAUACAUUUGGAAUAAAGAGAGUAACAGUUUUAAGUGUUGAAUAUUCCUGGGUAGAAUUUUGCAUCCAGUCAUUGUGUGACAUGCACUGCUCAAAAAAAUAAAGGGAACACUUAAACAACACAAUGUAACUCCAAGUCAAUCACACUUCUGUGAAAUCAAACUGUCCACUUAGGAAGCAACACUGACAAUAAAUUUCAUAUGCUGUUGUGCAAAUGAAAUAGACAACAGGUGGAAAUUAUAGGCAAUUAGCAAGACACCCGCAAUAAAGGAGUGGUUCUGCAGGUGGGGACCACAGACCACUUCUCAGUUCCUAUUCUUCCUAGCUGAUGUUUUGGUCACUUUUUUUUCACUCUAGUGGUAGCAUGAGACGGAGUCUACAAGCCACACAAGUGGCUCAGGUAGUGCAGCUCAUCCAGGAUGGCACAUCAAUGCAAGCUGUGGCAAGAAGGUUUGCUGUGUCUGUCAGCGUAGUGUCCAGAGCAUGGAGGCGCUACCAGGAGACAGGCCAGUACAUCAGGAGAUGUGGAGGAGGCCGUAGGAGGGCAACAACCCGGCAGCAGGACCGCACCUCCACCUUUGUGCAAGGAGGAGCAGGAGGAGCACUGCCAGAGCCCUGCAAAAUGACCUCCAGCAGGCCACAAAUGUGCAUGUGUCUGCUCAAACGGUCAGAAACAGACUCCAUGAGGGUGGUAUGAGGGCCAGACGUCCACAGGUGGGGGUUGUGCUUACAGCCCAACACUGUGCAGGACGUUUUUCAUUUGCCAGAGAACACCAAGAUUCGCAAAUUCGCCACUGGCGCCCUGUGCUCUUCACAGAUGAAAGCAGGUUCACACUGAGCACAUGUGACAGACGUGACAGUCUGGAUACGCCGUGGAGAACGUUCUGCUGCCUGCAACAUCCUCCAGCAUGACCGGUUUGGCGGUGGGUCAGUCAUGGUGUGGGGUGGCAUUUCUUUGGGGGGCCGCACAGCCCUCCAUGUGCUCGUCAGAGGUAGCCUGACUGCCAUUAGGUAUCGAAAUGAGAUCUUCAGAUCCCUUGUGAGACCAUAUGCUGGUGCGGUUGGCCCUGGGUUCCUCCUAAUGCAAGACAAUGCUAGACCUCAUGUGGCUGGAGUGUGUCAGCAGUUCCUGCAAGAGGAAGGCAUUGAUGCUAUGGACGGGCCCGCCCGUUUCCCAGACCUGAAUCCAUUUGAGCACAUCUGGGACAUCAUGUCUCGCUCCAUCCACCAACGCACGUUGCACCUCAGACUGUCCAGGAGUUGGCGGAUGCUUUAGUCCAGGUCUGGGAGGAGAUCCCUCAGGAGACCAUCCGCCACCUCAUCAGGAGCAUGCCCAGGUGUUGUAGGGAGGUCAUACAGGCACGUGGAGGCCACACACACUACUGUACCUAAUUUUGACUUGUAUUAAGGACAUUACAUUAGUUGGAUCAGCCUGUAGUGUGGUUUUUCACUUUAAUUUUGAGUGUGGCUCCAAAUCCAGACCUCCAUGGGUUGAUAAAUUUGAUUUCCAUUGAUCAUUUUUGUGUGAUUUUGUUGUCAGCACAUUCAACUAUGUAAAGAAAAAAGUAUUUAAUAAGAAUAUUUCAUUCAUUCAGAUCUAGGAUGUGUUAUUUUAGUGUUCCCUUUAUUUUUUUGAGCAGUGUAUAAGGCAUAAAUAAGCCUACAAAAGUCUAACAUAUUGUGGUUGUAUUUUGUAGGCUAUAUGAUGUUCACACAUUUUCCCAAGACAUUUUUAAUGAGGAAAUUCAAAUUAUAUUCAUCAACUUCAUGCAGAUUUGUAGUUGAGACAUGUGUAUGUGUAGUUUUCAUAUGGUGUGUUUAAAACUUGUUUGUUUAAUAAACACAAAAUGGGACUUUUCA